GAUACGGCUCCGGGGUCUUUUUUCGGGUAACCUGUGAAUUCGCAGACGGGUCGCCACUCUUGCAUGGCAGAUGGCAUGGUGGAUGGGGAUGUAUAAUCAUGUGUUGUCCUUUCUCUUUACUUCUUGUAAUAGCCUUCAAUCUCGUCGUUCUAUUCGCAUUAUUACACUCGUUAUUCUUUUGAUUUAAUUUCGAUUUCAUCUCGUUUACCGUCCCUCACAUUCCGCCGUCACGAUGGGUUUCUGGGUAUUGGAAGAUGUAUACAUGGACAGGCCGCCAGGGACCUCGAAGCUGGGCGAGGAGCAAGGGCCGUCCUUCGACGCAGCAAGCACUAGCGAUUUGAAGAGAGAUGGCGAUAUCAUUCUCGUCCCGCAGCCGAGCGAUUCGCCAAACGAUCCGCUGAAUUGGUCUCCAAUGUGGAAGAAUUCGAUCUUGCUGAUCUUGGCCUUCAGCUCCGGCGUUACGACUUCGCUCGGUCCCAUGAUCUCCCCCGGACUGAUUCUCAUCAGCGAGCAGUUCAAUAUCGACCCGGAUACUGCGUCCACGUUCAUGGUCGGGUCUAUUCUGCUCUUUACUGGGUCUGCAACGUUCUUUACGGCCUCCGGUGCCAAUGUCUGGGGAAAGCGGCCGUUCUUCGUCAUCUCCACCUUAUUGCUCCUUAUCUCCAACAUCUGGGGCACGUUUGCGGAUAGCUUCCCCUCGUUGGCAGCGAUGCGCAUCUUCCAGGGCAUGGCCGCGGCCCCCUUGGAGACUCUAGUCACGUCUACGGUGUCUGACUUGUUCUUCGUCCAUCAAAGAGGAUUUCGUCUCUCCUUAUGGGGUGUCAUGCUGGGGGCUGGCGUGCUGAUAGGCCAAAUUAUCGCCGGAUUCAUCAUCGAGUCGCUUGGCGUCUCUGGAACGUUCGCGAUCACAGCGCUCGUCUUCUGCUUGAUCCUCCCCGCUAUGUAUUUCGUCGUCCUCGAGACGACUUAUACGAAGCCGCGCGGCAACUUCGACAAACGCCCCGAGUCUCGCGCAUCGUCGGUGGCUGACCUUAAGGGUGAUGACCCAGCGAAAGAGCCCAGGGAGAGCUACAAGAGCCAGCUCCAAAUCUACCGCGGUCGUCUGUCUGACGAGUCGUUCUGGAAGGGUGUGAUCAAGCCAUUCCCCCUAAUAUGCUUCCCCGCCGUCAUCUUCUCGACCCUCGUCUACGGCUCUUUUUUCUGCUGGCUCCUGAUGAUCGGCGUUCUGUCUGUCACCGUCUUCUCGGCACCUCCGUACAGCCUCACGCCAGCCCAGAUAGGGCUCACCAACGUCCCCCUGGCCAUCGGUGCGCUCAUCUUCUCGCCCCUCUCUGGGUGGAUGUCAGACGCGAUUCCGGUCUGGAUGGCUAAGCGCAAUAAUGGGAUCUACGAGCCCGAGUUCCGUCUUGUCCUGAUGCUCAUCGCCGUGCCCCUUUCCACGGCCGGCUUUAUCGGAUUCGGCGUCGCCGCUCAAGAGGGGUUGUCCCUGGUCUGGUGCUUAGUAUGGAUCACGAUGCACUCCGUCGCAGUCCCGUUCGCCACGCAAGCCUCGAUCAGUUACGUGAUAGAUUGCCACACCAAGGAUGCUAACCAAGCCUUCGUCACCAUCAAUUUCGUGAAGGCGGUUAUAAGCUUCGUCGCCUCCACCAUCGGGAAUGGACUAAUGGCGAAAAUGGGGCCGAGGAACUUAUUUAUAGGCAUUGCCGGCUUGAAUCUGGUGAUCAGCCUCCUUACCAUUCCGAGCUACGUUUUCGGUAAGAGGCUUAGAAGCUGGGUGGCACGGAGCGAAUGGGCCAAAAAGAUUUGAGAGUUUGACGAUAAGAGUGCUCGGGUCGAGGUGGUUAGGUGUUUCUUGUCCAUCGAGGGCAGGGCCCUGCGCUCGAAUCGGUAUGAAAAUUGUGGAGGGUAUUGUUAACAAGGGUUAAUAUGUCUCAUCGGGUAUAUAAUACAUUAGACCGUCACUCGCCGUACCAUACGGGAACCCUUGAAGUUGCAGGCCAUGGCGUUCGUUUCUAAGCAGUGCACCUCAUGCCUCCUCCUUAGAGCGCGAACUACCGACACAACCUUCCACAUGGCGCGAAAAUAAACACCGGAAUCUAAGGACAA